GAAAAGGUCUUUCAUGCUGCUUAAUCAACUCAAAUUCAAACCCUGAAAAUCACUAUUACAUUGCUUCUCGAUAGAUAGAUAAGUUUAGAUUUAAGAUAUUACUUAAAUUAAUUCCUUACUGUGAAUAUGUGUAAACUGAGAUAGGUUUAAUUUAGGUUUUAUUUAUUAUGCCCUAGCAUUUUACCACUUUAUCAUUAAUAUAAUUUUAUCUUAAUUCGAAAAAUAUAUACACAGUUAUCGAAGCGUUUACAUUUAUGGCAAUUAGCAGAUUUUAUUGCAUCCUUGCAAUAUAGAGCAUAAUAAAAUAAACACUGUGUCAAAGACAUCACGUAAAUACUUGCGAAGAAAUCUAUCAAUAUCGAACUGCUGUACUACAAAAUGCAUCUUGAAAAUGAUACAUCCAUGUGUAGAACAUAAUCUUAAAUCAGUAACUGCAUUUUUAUUUAUGUUUGAAACAUAUUUAGCUGUAGUCUAACUCUUUUCCAGAUGAGGGUCUGCAGAGUUUUGUGGACGAGCAUGAUGUUAAGGCAGUGGAGUUUUGCUGUGCUCUUAUUAAGCAUCCCUCUACCUGUCCAAGGGCAACCCAUACACGCUCUCAGCAACAGAAUGAAACGGUCCGUGAGUCAAGCCCAACUUAUGCAUGACCGUGGGCGCUAUCUGCAAGACAGGAAGAGACGACUCUGGCUGCAGGAGCUGUUUGAACAGGUACAUACUGCCAAUGUGUGGGACACUCCAUCCAGCAGUGGAACCAACCUCCAGCAUGUAACCUGGGAUGCCCAAGCUCCCAAAGCUGCCAGCAGCACCAAAGACUUUCUUUUGGACUUUCAGUUAGAGAGCACAGGCACAAUUGACACCCUGCCACAGGAAACCAACAAAGAGCAGCCGUCUGGCACUAAGAGAAAGAAGAGAGUAUGUUUGGGGAAGUGGAGAGAAAGCAAUAAACGAAGAGGAUGGCCAUGCUCAAUACAAGCCCAAGUAGCAUUUAGAGCUCACUAAGUAGGGCAGUUGGCAGUAAGUGAGGAGACGACUGUGAAACAAACAAAAACAAGGCAAUGACACCAUCAAACACAUUGGACCACGGCCUCUAAACUUCUUUACCAUAGAAUAGUUUCUCUCAUCAGCAUAAAACACAGUGCCUCUUAAGUAGAAUUUA